UUCUUCUUCCUUUUUUCAACUCUUACUUAUACUCUCCCCCCUUCCACACCAUAACAACACACUACCUGCAAAUCUCUCUCUAUCUCUCUCCAUCUCUCCUGGCUCAAAAAUGAGGAUGCUUUCUCCCAAUCUCGACCGAGAAGACGGCCUAGAAACCGUCCUUGAAGUUCCCAUCCCAGACGAGGUUUUUGGAUCCAAUAAUAACAAAAUCCGUCCAUGGCAAAACAUGAAAUCAUGGGUUAAACCUAAUCAAGACAGAUCUCCUUCUUCCUUCUUUGGCGGCAGCCGCAAUGCCGAAAUCCAACUCCUUCUCGGCGUAGUCGGAGCUCCACUCAUUCCUCUCCCCAUCGACGACCACACCCGCCCCAUUAAUUCUCGCAACAUCGCCGGAAACCUCCCCAUUGAGUCCUCCAUCGCAAAGUACAUCGUGCAACAGUAUAUCGCAGCCGCCGGAGGUGACAAGGCGCUCGAUUCAAUUGAAAGCAUGUACGCCGUAGGCAAAGUCAAAAUGUCCGCAUCGGAGUUCAUCGACGGCGACGGCUCUAACCGGCGGAUGAAAACCGUCACUAAUAAUACCGGCGGUGGAGAAAUGGGUGGAUUUGUUUUAUGGCAGAAACGGCCGGAUCUAUGGAGUUUAGAGCUUUUGGUUUCCGGCUGUAAAAUCACCGCCGGUAGUGACGGUAAGGUAGCUUGGCGGCAAACUCCAUGGCAUAAUUCCCACGCUUCCCGUGGACCUCCAAGGCCUCUCCGAAGAUGCUUACAGGGUCUUGAUCCGAGAUCGACGGCGAAUCUAUUCUGGAACUCAGUCUGCAUCGGGGAGAAGACGAUCAACGGGGAAGAUUGUUUCGUUUUGAAGAUGGAAACUGAAUCGUCCACUUUAAAAGCGAGAAGCAGCAACAACGUCGAGAUUAUUCGUCAUACAAUUUGGGGAUAUUUCAGUCAGAGAACUGGAUUGCUAGUCAAUCUUGAGGAUUCACAUCUCCUCCGUAUCAAAACCCUAGCCGCCGCAGAAUCAGACGAUGAUAAUAGUAUCUUCUGGGAAACGACUAUGGAAUCAUCCAUACUUGAUUACAGAGUCAUCGACGGCGUCAACGUCGCCCACGGCGGACGCACCACCGUUUCGUUGUUCAGGUAUGGAGAUGGAAACGGGGCCCAUACGAGGACGAAGAUGGAGGAAUCGUGGAUGAUCGAAGAAGUUGGUUUUAAUGUGAUGGGGUUAUCGUUGGAGUUCUUUUUGCCUCCCGGAGACUUGAAAAGAGAUAAAGAAGAUGAAGGUGGGAUGAUGGCCGCUGCUAUCGGAAAUAAUAAGAUUACCGGCGCCGGCGCCGGCGGAGAUUUGGGGAAGACGACAUCGCCGUGGAAGGGCAGAGGAGGAGGGUCCAGGGUAGCGAAUGUGGACCUGCAUUAUUUAGGAACCGUUGAUGAGAAUAGACGGCUGUAGAUGGAUGGAUGGAUGGAUGAUAUAUGAUUUUUGUAUAUAAAUGUUAUUAGCAUAUAUAUAUAUUUAUUUAUGAAUUUAGUCCUGAUCUAUUAAUUAAUAGUGAAGGACUACAUGAGAGCGAGCGUGUCAGCAUUCAUCAUUUCGACAUUAUUAUUAUUUAGUGUUGGAAUUUGAAAGGAAUGUUAUAAAAUUUUAUUAUUAUUGAUCUAUUUGUUUGGUUUUUAUUAGAU